CACUGCCAACCAACCCAAUCCGGCAAACUAGUACAGAGUAUAGACAGCACAAGGAGAAGGUCUGUAAUUAUUGCGCAUCUGAAAAGUCAACGGGGAAAGUAAAUUGUGUAAACGUGUCCAGAACUUCAAAUUAUACAUUCAUCCCGGUCCCGGGAAACUUCUGAGUACAAUUCAAAACCAAACUAUUUAGUUGUCUCCAUUCAUCUUCUCCUCUCAUUCUUAGCCGUUACUGUUGUUGGGUUCCGCUCAAAAUUUUCUAAAGAAGUACAGUAGUAUGGAGAGUAGAUUCUUGUCCUAAUUUGGAGUUGCAGGGAUUCUUGAUUCAAGUCGACAUGGGUUUGAUCUCGAAUUGCUGCUCUUGCUUGGCUAAAUUCCUGAGGCGGGGUGCCUCCUCCAAGGCCGACGAGGAUGACGCUGAUGAAGAAGCUGCAUCGGGUUUGUUUUUCCAGCUCACGGCUCUGCAGAUUGCUACCAAUUUCUUUUCUGAUUUAAACCGGCUCGGUCAUGGUGGCUUUGGCCCUGUUUACAAGGGAUUGAUGCCAAAUGGUGAAGAAGUAGCUGUGAAGAAAUUAUCAUUGGACUCUAGACAGGGAGUAAGGGAAUUCGCUAAUGAAGUGAAACUUCUACUGAAAAUUCAACAUAAAAACCUAGUCACAUUGCUGGGGUGUUGUAUAGAAGGACCUGAGAAGAUGCUUGUAUAUGAAUAUCUUCCAAAUAAGAGCCUUGACUUUUUCCUUUUUGAUAAAGAGAAGUCUCCAUCCUUGGAUUGGACAAAAAGGCUGCAAAUAAUUACAGGUGUUGCAAGGGGGCUUCUCUAUCUACAUGAGGAAGCCCCUGAAAGGAUUAUCCACAGGGAUAUCAAAGCUAGUAAUAUAUUGUUGGAUAAUCAACUGAAUCCAAAGAUCUCAGAUUUUGGUCUGGCAAGACUUUUUCCGGGGGAUGACACCCAUUUGAAUACGUUUAGGAUAUCUGGUACUCAUGGUUAUAUGGCACCAGAAUAUGCACUGCAUGGAUAUUUAUCUGUGAAGACGGAUGUUUUUAGUUUCGGUGUUUUGGUUUUGGAGAUAGUAAGUGGAAGGAAGAAUCUUGAUGGGCGGCUAGGAGCUGAAAAGGCGGACCUCUUAAACCAUGCUUGGACACUUUAUCAAGCUGAGAAUGCAUUGGAAUUAGUUGAUGCAGGCCUUAACAAGUACAAUGCUGUUGAAGCAGCAAUGUGCAUCCAGUUGGGUUUGCUAUGUUGUCAAGCUAGUGUUGCAGACAGGUUGGAUAUGAAUUCAGUUCACCUCACAUUGUCUAGUGACUCGUUUAGCCUACCCAGACCGGGAAAACCUGGGAUUCAAGGCCGUGUAGGACGGUUUUCUCAAACUGGUUCCGCGGCUUUUACUGAUAAAACCAACACCAACACUACCACCACACAUACUGGUGCCACCAAGGUUUCAUCAGCUAAUAGUUUUCUCGAGGAAUUUUCCAGGAAUUCAAUCUCCUAUUCUUCUCUGGACGAAGGCAGAUGAAAUAUGCGUGAGCUUUUUUUCAUUUUAUUUUUCCAGUAUAGACAGGAUAGCUUUUCUCCCUUCUUCCUCCUUUUUCCUCUCCCUCGCACCGCCUUUCGCGAUUUGUUUCCUUUUCGAGUUAUUUUGUAGAAUGUUAUCAUUCAUUCUUUCUCAGUAUAUCCCCCCUCCCCCUCCCCCCAAAGUUCGUUGUUUAUAGUACUAGAAGAAGAUGUACAAUAUUUGAUAUUGUCUAGGAAAGAUGGCUUGUCCUCUGGUUAACUGAUUAUUAUAAAUUCUGAUUUUGGGUAAUAAAUUUUUUGUAA